AUGGCGCUCGGCAUGACAGCCGGGUGCCCAGUGCGCAUGAGCGAGAAGCACUUGCUCUUUGUGAUUGGUCCGGCGGCUUCUGGGAUCUGUCGUGUCCCAGGUACCGCCUUACCAUUCACAAAAAGCAUCGCUUCUUGCGCAUGCGCACUUGGCACCCAGCUGUCAUGCCCACGCCAUUACAGAAGCCGGGAAGACAGCGCGCGGCUGGAUCGAGGAACAGGUAAGAUCAAAGAACAACUCCGUGGAAGAGCGGGUACCUGUCAAAUUCAGGUACCCGCUCCCCACCUCCCCAAAGGUCAGCAGUCAUCUGUA